GAAACAAUGACCUCUUAAUACAGUUUCUGCCACACAGACACAUUCAGAGGAUUGGUUACUAUUGGCUGAUUAGUGACAAACACUUAUUGAUCAGAUAUUGUGUACAGAAUGAACUUCAAUACAACUAUCCUCCAUGACUCCAAUGCCUUAUCCCACACAAAGAAAACUACAUUGGACAUUAUCUUCUACACCAUCAUUAUUCUCUUAGGCACCACUGGAAACUCUGUGGUCAUCUGGGUGGCCGCUGGCCGCAUGAAACCUAAUGUCACCAACAUAUGGCUGGUCAACCUCGCCGUGGCUGACCUGAUCUUCUGCGUGUCACGAGUGACCUCACUUGUCACCAUUUUCAUUGGCUAUUGGCCAUUUGAGGACUUUGUCUGUAAGUUUAUGAGCUUUAUCAAGUAUACAAACAUGUUCUGCAGUGUUUUUCUUCUGGCUGUCAUCAGUGUGGAUCGAGUGAUCUGCGUGUGGUGCCCAGUAUUUGCCAGGAAUAAACGGACGUUAUGUGCUGCUCGUGUGGUCAGUUUGGGGGUUUGGAUUGUGGCGAUCAUCUGCAGUUCACCAAACUUUGUGUUCCGGGGGGUCAACACUGAUGACAGCAACUUUAGCGAUUGCUAUACAAAGGAAGAACCAAACAAAACAAAUUCAGCAAAGUAUGUUUUCUACUACAUUCGCUUCUUUUGUGGAUUUGUGUUUCCUUUCCUGGUGAUCUUUAUCUGCUACACACUGGCUGCUGUUGGGAUUCGAAGAACGAGACUGUCUGGCAAAUCAAGACCUCUCCGUAUUCUUGCUUUAUUGGUUUUUACCUUUUUAUUAUGCUGGGCACCUUAUCACAUCAUAGGCCUUAUUAAGAUGAUAAAUAGUAAACACCCUGCUGUAAAGUUAGGAUGGCGUAAGUCUUCAAAUCUAGCUUAUAUUAACAGCUGUGUGAACCCAAUAUUGUACUUCUGCGUAGGACUGAAUCUCAAGCAACGCUGCAAUCAAACGCUAUUAGGGAUUUUUCACAGAGCUCUUACUGAAGGAGACCAAACUCCUACACCGGGUGGCUCUGUUGAGGAACAGUCUAAAAGUCUUUCAAAGACAGCUGAUACAGAUCACCAAACACCUGAAUGACUGUAUAUUAAGUGUUAAAAAAUAACUUAAACUUGGUUUCAUUCAUUGAUUUUUUACAUUGAUUGAAGACCCUUUUCAGUUAAAAGUAAAUAUAUAUCAAGGUGUUAUCACAAGAUGUUCUUUAAAUUAUGCAGAAUGAUUUUAAAGUAACAGUAAAUCACAAAAUGACCUUAUAGCUGAGUUUUUAUAUGGGUUACAUUUGAUCAAUGUGUGGCUCAACAUCAAAACUGAAAGUAGAGAUUAUGGACAGUGGCGAAUCAUAAGUGAUAUUAUGGUUGUAUUGUUUUUUUUUUAGUAUUUUCAGUUUUAUACUCCAGCUGGUUAAUUAUUGAAUGUGUUGUAAACUA